AUGGCUAAGCUUGCCUUAUUAGUCCACGUUUUUUUCGUCGCUCUCUUGUUAGUUUUUUCACAAGCUGGUCCAAUAAAAGAUGAAUCAAAAACUACAAUCGACAUAGCAGAAAUACAAACCCCUGGUACGGACCGCUUUGUAGUAGCUGUUAACCGUGUCGAUGAUCUUGUUGACGAUGGAGGUGAAAUCCUCGCAGAAAAAAUCACUUCUGUUGUUAUUAACUUUGAAUUAAGGGACGAUGCUUUAAUGAUGAAUAAUGUCCUAGUUCCAAUGAACGUUUCUUCUGUUCAGGUAUUUCAAGCUGAGAUCGUUCCAGCAAAUAUAACACAAGAACAACUUCAAGAAUAUGAAGACUCAUUCGACAUUGGAAUGGUAACAGUCGAUGUUAAAACAGUUGCAAAUUCUUUUCCUACUGAUGAUGUCAACAUCUCUCUUCGCCGCAUCUUUAUUACCAUUCGUAUAAUCGAAAUCGAUGGUGUAACUGUUACCCAAAGAGAUGUUGUUGGAAGGAUCCUUGAAGCUAAAUAUAUUAAUAAUGCAAAUGCCGUGGCAGAUGGUCAAUCUUCUGAUGCAAUUGCUGAUUCAUCCACAAUGGAAACUCCUUGCAAUUUAAGUUCCAUAUUCGCUCGAAUCCGUCAUUGGUGGUGUUGUUCAUCCAAAAUCACUCGUGUAGCCAUCAUUUCUUUAUUCCUUACAUCAUUAUUCGGUAUCUUGUUUAUGGUUAUUCCUGUCUCAAUGCAAAGUCUUGUUAAGAAGAAUCUUGGUGUUAUGAGACAACCUUAUCAAGCUGUCUCAGAUCAUCACGACGAUGAUGAUGACGCAAAAGUUGAACAAGUUAUUUUCAUUGCUGACGAGGAAAAACGAAUGUUAAUGGAAAAACAUGAAAGAGAGGAGGGUCAAUAG